UCAUCGGUUCUCUUUUCUUCAACUUUUUCCUCUUCAAAGUUCAAACCCUCGUUUUAGUAUUUUGCUGUGAUUCUCUCCUCUGUUCUGGUUUCACUCAGAGAGAGAGACAGAGAGAACGAGCGAACCAAGGGUGAUCGGAAGCCAAAUAAAAUGGGGCAACCCUCGGUGCCCCUAUCACCUGCGCCGCCACCACUGUCGUUGCACCCGAGCAGCAACCAAGUACGAUGCGCAGGAUGCCGUUUGAUCUUAGCAGUGGCACCAGGAUUGACUGAGUUCAUCUGCCCGAGUUGCCACAUGGCUCAGAUGCUUCCACCCGAGUUGAUGAGACGCACCCCUCCUCCUCCUCCUCCUCCUCCUCAUUACCAACCUGCGCAGGCUCACGGCAUUGAUCCCACCAAGAUUCAGCUUCCCUGUGCCCACUGCAAAGCCAUCCUUAAUGUCCCUCACGGCCUCACCAGGUUCGCUUGCCCUCAGUGUGGAAUCGAACUCGCUGUUGACGUCUCCAAGCUUAAUCAGUACCUCCCUCCUGAAGAACUCAAUGAGGUAGCUAUAGAUGUGGAGCGAGAAGAAGAUGAAGGUGGAAUGGUUGGAGAGACAUUUACUGACUAUCACCCUCCCAAACUAUCCAUUGGUCCUUCCCACCCAGAUCCUAUCGUGGAGACGUCUUCCUUGUCAGCGGUGCAGCCACCCGAGCCUACAUACAAUUUGAUGAUCAAGGAUGAUCUGUUGAGAUCAAAGGCCUUAUCUUGCUUGCAGAUUGAGACAAUAGUCUACGCUUGCCAGAGGCACCUCCAACACCUUGAGAAUGGUGCUAGGGCUGGGUUCUUUAUAGGCGAUGGAGCUGGUGUAGGUAAAGGUCGAACAAUUGCAGGAUUGAUAUGGGAGAACUGGCACCAUGGGAGGAGAAAGGCGUUGUGGAUUUCUGUUGGUUCGGAUCUGAAGUUUGAUGCGCGUAGAGACUUGGAUGAUGUUGGUGCCAAUUGCGUUGAAGUGCAUGCUUUGAAUAAGCUCCCUUACUCUAAGCUUGAUUCAAAGUCUGUUGGUGUGAGGGAAGGGGUCAUUUUCUCGACGUAUAGCAGCCUUAUAGCAUCAUCUGAGAAAGGUCGUUCCCGUUUACAGCAGCUUGUGCAGUGGUGUGGGUCUGAAUAUGAUGGUCUUCUGGUGUUUGAUGAGUGCCAUAAAGCCAAAAAUCUAAUACCUGAAGCUGGUGGGCAAGCAACUCGAACAGGUGAAGCAGUUCUUGAAAUCCAGGCCCGACUUCCUGAAUCUCGAGUUGUUUAUUGCUCAGCUACUGGUGCAUCAGAACCACGCAAUAUGGGUUAUAUGGCCCGACUUGGACUUUGGGGUUCUGGAACUUCUUUCGUUGCUUUCCGUGAUUUUCUAGGUGCUCUUGAUAAAGGAGGUGUAGGAGCACUAGAACUUGUGGCUAUGGACAUGAAGGCGAGGGGUAUGUAUGUUUGUCGUACACUUAGCUACAAAGGGGCUGAGUUUGAAGUUGUUGAAGCCCCAUUAGAAGCAGAAAUGAUGGACAUGUACAGAAAGGCAGCAGAAUUUUGGGCAGAACUGCGGGUAGAAUUAUUGUCAGCUAGUGCAGUUCUCUCUGAUGACAAGCCUAACAGUAGUCAAUUGUGGCGAUUAUACUGGGCCAGUCAUCAGCGUUUCUUUAGGCACAUGUGCAUGUCAGCCAAGGUGCCUGCUGCUGUAAAGCUGGCUACGCAAGCAUUGGUGGAAAAUAAAUGUGUGGUAAUUGGACUUCAAAGUACUGGAGAAGCACGGACUGAAGAAGCUGUGACAAAAUAUGGUCUUGAACUUGAUGAUUUUGUCUCUGGUCCUCGGGAAUUGUUGCUAAAAUUUGUUGAAGAAAACUACCCCUUGCCUCCAAAACCUGAGUCACCUGGAGAGGAAAGUGUUAAGGAGCUUCAACGAAAAAGGCAUUCAGCAACUCCGGGUGUUUCAUUUAAGGGAAGAGUAAGAAAAGUUGCAAAAAUGAAAGCUCCAAGUGAUGUUGAAAGUGACGAAGAAUCUGAAACCGAGUCUGACCAUGAAUCUACAGAGUCUGAUGAUGAGUUUCAGAUUUGUGAAAUCUGCAAUACUGAAGAGGAAAGGAAGAAAUUGCUCCGGUGUUCCUGUUGUGGCCAGCUAGUCCAUCCAGAAUGUUUAGUGCCACCUCUGCUUGAUUUAGUUCCUGAUGAUUGGUCAUGCCAUUCAUGCAAGGAAAAGACAGAUGAGUAUCUCCAAGCAAGGCAUGCCUACAUGGCUGAAGUUCUGAAGAGGUAUGAAGCAGCUGUAGAGCGCAAAUCUAGAAUUUUGGAGAUAAUUCGUUCGUUGGGUCUUCCAAACAACCCUUUGGAUGAUAUUAUUGAUCAGCUUGGGGGCCCUGACAAUGUUGCAGAAAUGACAGGGAGGCGGGGCAUGCUUGUCAGGGCAUCUGGUGGUAAAGGUGUUAUUUAUCAGGCACGGAACACAAAGGAUGUCACCAUGGAAAUGGUCAAUAUGCAUGAGAAGCAACUCUUCAUGGAUGGUAAAAAGUUUGUUGCAAUAAUUUCUGAAGCUGGUUCAGCUGGUGUUUCUUUACAAGCAGAUAGAAGGGCUAUGAAUCAGAGGAGGAGAGUCCAUCUUACUUUGGAACUUCCUUGGAGUGCCGAUCGAGCUAUUCAGCAGUUUGGAAGAACCCAUCGGUCAAAUCAAGCUUCUGCACCUGAGUAUAGACUUCUCUUCACCAACCUCGGAGGUGAACGUCGAUUUGCAUCAAUUGUUGCAAAGAGAUUAGAAUCUCUUGGAGCCUUAACGCAGGGGGAUCGUAGGGCUGGACUAUCAUUGAGUGCUUAUAAUUAUGAUAGUACUUAUGGAAAGAGGGCCCUGAUGAUGAUGUAUAGAGGAAUCAUGGAGCAGGAUUCACUACCAGUUGUGCCGCCUGGGUGCUCAUCUGAAAGACCAGAAAGUAUUCAGGAAUUCAUCAUCAAAGCAAAAGCUGCUUUAGUCUCUGUGGGAAUAGUCAGGGACACUCUCCUUGGUAAUGGAAAUGGAAAGGUCAUUGGCCGUAUAGUUGAUUCAGACAUGAGCGAUGUUGGACGCUUUCUUAAUCGCUUAUUGGGAUUGCCUCCUGAGAUCCAAAAUAGGCUUUUUGAGUUGUUUGUCAGCAUUUUUGAUCUUCUGAUUCAAAAUGCACGUAUAGAAGGACAUUUUGACUCCGGAAUUGUUGAUAUGAGAGCUAAUGUCAUUGAACUGCAAGGAACACCAAAGACGGUUCAUGUGGAUCAUAUGUCCAGGGCAUCUACUGUACUAUUUACCUUUACUAUGGACCGGGGAAUAACAUGGGAGUCAGCGAGAACAUUGCUCACUGAAAAGGAAAAAGAUGGGCUUGGUUCAACCUAUGAUGGAUUCUAUGAAUCUAUGAGGGAAUGGAUGGGAAGAAGACACUUCCUAUUAGCAUUUGAAGGCUCUGCUUCAGGAAUGUUCAAAAUAUUCCGUCCAGCCGUUGGGGAGGCAUUGAGAGAGAUGCCAAUGGCUGAGCUAAAAAAUAAGUACAGAAAGGUUUCUGGUCUAGAGAAGGCUUGCAAAGGUUGGCAAGACGAAUAUGAAGUUUCAUCCAAACAGUGCAUGCAUGGUCCAAAAUGUAAGCUUGGCAACUUCUGUACAGUGGGUAGAAGAUUGCAAGAAGUAAAUGUUUUAGGUGGUCUGAUCCUUCCUGUUUGGGGAACUAUUGAAAAGGCCCUUUCUAAACAGGUCCGCCAAAGCCAUAAGCAGCUCCGAGUUGUGCGCAUAGAGACUACUACAGAUAACCAGAGAAUUGUUGGGCUUCUAGUCCCUAAUGCGGCUGUUGAAACAGUGCUUCGAAAUUUAUCAUGGGUUCAAGAUAUUGAUGAUUGAUCAGGCAGAAGAAAGGAUUGGUUUUGCUUUUUAGGAGAUAAAUUGUUGAUUUUUUUGGUGGAGGGAAACUACCCACCUGUCUAAAUGAUUCAGCUGUUUGCAUUAGUGAUUGGUUGCAGUUGAAGAAAGCUACAUGAAAUAUCCAUGUAAAAACAGGAGAGGAAAAAAGAAAUGUGUUUUCUACUUUCUGUAAUACUGAACAUCCAGUCACCAUUGUUAAUUGGCUUUUGUCAAUUUUUGUUUUAGCAUGUGUCUUGUAAAUUAUGUAAGAUUGAAAAGAAAAACAGCGGUACUGGUUUCGGUCCUGCCCUAACCGACUUGUAAUACUGUAACCAGGCAUCCGAAUUCAAGAUUUAAUGAAAGUUACUGUCCAUCCAA